AUGCAGGAGGUUUUUGUAGAGUACAUUCAACCAAAGGACCCUAGCAAUGGGCAGAUGUACCAGAAGACCUUGCUGGGAGUCAUUCUGAAUAUCUCCUGCUUAUUAAAGACUCCGGGUGUGGCAGAAAAUCAUGGCUACUUCUUGAAUCCAUCUCGGUCCAGUCCUCAGUAGAUCAAAGUACAGGAGGCCAACAUCCAUCAGUUCAUGGCUCAGUUCCAUGAAAAGAUCUACCAGAUGCUGAAGAACUUACUCCAGCUCUCUCCAGAAACCAAACACUGUAUCUUAUCCUGGCUGGGAAACUGUUUGCAUGCAAAUGCAGGCCGCACCAAGAUUUGGGCCAAUCAGAUGCCAGAAAUCUUCUUCCAGAUGUAUGCCUCGGAUGCCUUCUUUCUGAAUCUGGGUGCUGCUCUCCUGAAGCUAUGCCAGCCAUUUUGCAAACCCAAGUCCUCUCGGCUUCUCACCUUUAAUCCUACUUACUGUGCUCUGAAAGAGUUGAAUGAUGAAGAACGAAAAAUAAAAAAUGUACACAUGAGAGGUUUGGACAAAGAAACCUGUUUGAUCCCAGCUGUGCAGGAGCCAAAGUUUCCCCAGAACUACAACCUUGUAACAGAGAACCUUGCACUGACAGAGUAUACCUUGUACUUGGGAUUUCACAGGUUGCAUGAUCAGAUGGUAAAAAUCAACCAAAAUCUGCAUCGGCUACAGGUUGCCUGGAGGGAUGCUCAGCAGAGUUCUAGCCCUGCUGCUGACAACCUCCGUAAACAGUUUGAAUGACUGAUGAUCAUCUAUCUUUCAACCAAGACUGCCAUGACUGAGCCACAGAUGCUACAAAACUGCCCAAAUUUGCAGGUGUCCAUGGCUGUUCUGCUGGUUCAACUGGCUAUAGGCAAUGAGGGCUCACAGCCAAUAGAGCUAACUUUUCCUUUGCCAGAUGGCUACAGCUCUUUGGCUUAUGUGCCAGAAUUUUUUGCAGAUAAACUCGGUGAUUUCCUCAUUUUUCUCCGCCGCUUUGCCGAUGACAUCUUGGAGACAUCAGUAGAUUCCUUGGAGCAUGUCCUUCACUUUAUCACCAUUUUCACUGGGAGCAUAGAAAGAAUGAAGAAUCCUCACUUAAGGGCUAAACUAGCUGAGGUGUUGGAAGCAGUGAUGCCCCACCUGGAUCAGACCCCAAAUUCCUUGGUAUCCAGUGUGUUCCACCGGAAGCGUGUGUUCUGCAACUUUCCACAUGCACCCCAACUUGCAGAAGCUCUAAUCAAGGUUUUUGUGGACAUCGAGUUUACAGGAGACCCCCAUCAAUUUGAACAGAAGUUUAAUGUUCCCAUGUAUCCCAUCCUAAGAUACAUGUGGGGAACAGAUACGUAUCGGGAGAGCAUUAAGGAUUUGGCUGACUAUGCCUCUAAGAAUUUAGAAGCUAUGAACCCUCCACUUUUCCUCCGCUUUCUUAACCUGCUAAUGAAUGAUGCCAUCUUCCUUUUGGAUGAAGCUAUUCAGUAUCUGAGCAAGAUAAAGAUCCAGCAGAUUGAGAAGGACCGAGGUGAAUGGGAUAGUCUGACCCCAGAAGCUUGCCGAGAGAAAGAGGCUGGCCUGCAGAUGUUUGGGCAGUUGGCAUGUUUUCAUAACAUCAUGUCCAAUGAAACAAUUGGUACACUUGCCUUCCUAACAUCAGAAAUCAAAUCACUUUUCAUGCAUCCUUUUCUGGCUGAGCGCAUCAUCUCUAUGCUGAACUACUUCCUGCAGCACCUGGUUGGGCCCAAGAUGGGUGCCUUAAAAGUCAAGGACUUCAGUGAAUUUGACUUCAAACCCCAGCAGCUUGUAUCAGAUAUCUGCACUAUCUACUUAAAUCUUGGGGAUGAGGAGAAUUUCUGUGCCACUGUGCCCAAGGAUGGACGUUCCUAUUCCCCAACUCUCUUUGCACAGACAGUUCGAGUCCUGAAGAAAAUAAAUAAGCCUGGGAAUAUGAUUGUGGCUUUUAGUAAUCUGGCAGAGAAAAUCAAGUCUCUUGCAGACCUCCAACAACAAGAAGAGGAGACCUAUGCAGAUGCCUGUGGUGAGUUCCUGGAUCCUGUCCUGAGCACACUGAUGUCUGACCCUGGGCUGCUGCCGUCCUCCAGAGUCACUGUGGAUAGAUCCACCAUUGCCAGACAUUCGCUCAGUGACCAAACAGAUCCUUUUAACCGCAGUCCCCUCACCAUGGACCAGAUCCGGCCAAACCCUGAACUAAAAGAAAAAAUCCAACGGUGGCUUGCAGAGAGGAAACAACAGCAAAAGGAGCAACAGAAUAAAUACUGUGAACUAAGCAAACCAAAAACCAACCCCAGAGUGUAA